AUGGACCGGGGUUUGAUAAUUGAUAUAUCUGUAUUAGGUGCAAUCUUAGCACACUUUAGAGUACAACUAGACCUCAAAGAUAGAAUUAGAAAUUUGCAAUACAGGGGCCUGCAAUUGAUGCAGAUUAUAGAAGAGUAUGCUAAGUGCCUUCCACCCGAAAAUAAUGGACAGUCUGAGAGGUCUAUACAAACAUUAGAAGAUAUGCUUCGUAUGUGUGCCAUAAAUUUUGGUGGCCAAUGGGAUGAUCGACUACCAUUGGUGGAGUUUGCUUACAAUAACUGUUAUCAUUCCAGGAUUGGUAUGGCACCUUAUGUGGGUCCUUUUGAAAUCAAAGACAGAGUUGGGAUAGUUACUUAUCGAUUAGAGUUACUGUUAGAAUUCUCACAAGUUUAUCUAGUGUUUCACAUUUCGAUACUGAAAAAGUACAUAUCUAAUCCAUCACAUGUAUUGCAACCAGAAUCAAUAGAAAUUAAUGAGAACUUAUCUUAUAAGGAGCAACUUAUAGCCACAAUGGAUCAUCAGAUAUAUCAACUUCGGUCAAAACAAAUACCUAUGGUCAAAGUUUUAUGGAGGAACUAG